AGUGUUGAAGCCUGAUAUUGUUAGAUGUUGCUGUAUUCCCGAGUACGAAGCCUUCGAGGCUUCUGGAAUUGCUCAGGAGAUCCAAAAGGAGCGAGAACAAAUUGUAACUCAUUGGAUUAUGGCUGUGACGUUUUGUAUUUAUUCCACUUUGCCUCGCUUUUAUCAUCCGCAGUCACUAAGAUUACCUCAACGAACCACACUUCUUUGCCCCUAUGAUUUCCUGUUUCUCUGCGCUGAAAGAUAUCCCACUUUCACCAAAAGCCCCCCAUUCGACAGGAUUGUUCUUAACUGUGACGAACAUUGGGUUGAGAGACAUGCUGCUCCCCGAAACGGGCCUUGUACCAGUUCUUCUCGUACAUUGGUUCGAGAGAUAUACUACCUUUCGAAGAAGGUAUUGUACUGCUUCCUUUCUGUACAUUGGACAAAGAAGCUAGUAUUGGCCAGGACGAACAGAAGUCAAGUUGGCAUAUCGAAGGAUCAAUCUGGAUCCUGACGGCGUUGGAAGUCUAAAAAGGUUAUGGAGGCAAAGCGAACCACCCUCUCGUCAAGUUCGAAAAAGCUAAUGCUUGUGCCCGUGGUUAUAAGUAACCUUACAACCAAGCUUGUUCUAUUUUGCCGUCAGUAUAAGAUAGAAUGAGCA